AUGACAAUCAAUUACCGUUGUAAGAAAUGUAGAUCAUUGUUGUUCACAGAAAAUGAAAUACAACCACAUGAACCAAAUAGCAAUGAAGUUUCGUUUGGAUAUAGAAGGAGAGGUGGUGGUGGUGACUGCAAUUCUGUCUUUUUAAAAGACAAAUUGGUAUGGAUGGGUCCAUGUGAUCAAAAUAAUGGUAAGAUUGAAUGUCCUAAAUGUCACUAUGAAGUUGGAACUUAUACCUGGUCUGGGAAUCAAUGCUCAUGUGGUAAGUGGAUAAGUCCAGCAUUCCAAAUUGCUACAUCAAAAAUUGACAAAGAAAAACCAUUUACUUUUCCUCAGCACAAUUAA